UCAACUCCCAGAAGCAUUCCUCACUUAUAUAUCUCAGAGACUACUAUAUGGAAGCACUGAUUGGCAAUGUGUGUGCAGGAGGCCUUGUUGAAGCCUUAAACACUAGGGUUUAUGGAAAUGGAACCCAAACCCUAGUUCUCUCUCAUGGGUAUGGCUCGGACCAGAGUGUUUGGCACUACCUUAUCCCUUGCCUUGCUUUCUACUUCAAGGUGGUGGUUUUUGACUUGGCAUUCUCACCAAAUGUCAACCCCAAAUUCUAUGAUCCGAACAAGUACUCGUCCGGUGUUGGAUUUGACUCUUAUGCCCAUGACUUGAUUUGCAUUCUUGAUCAGCUCAAUGUGACCAACACUGUUUAUGUUGGUCAUUCCAUGUCUGCCAUGAUUGGAUGCUUGGCUUCCAUUAAGAGACCUGACCUUUUUCAACACCUUGUCCUUCUCAGUGGCUCUCCGAGGUACCUCAAUGCUAGUAAAUAUGAUGGAGGCUUCAACGAAGAGGAACUCAACACAAUCUUCAACACCAUACACAAAAAUUUCUCAGCAUGGGUUCGAGCAUUCGCCCCAGUAGCCAUCGGCGUCAAUAACAGCCACGCCAUUGCUGAGUUUGAAACCAGCUUAGGAAGAAUGAAACCCGAGAUCGCGUUAGGCAUUGCGAAAACAGUGUUUUUAAGUGACCUAAGAAGGGUUUUGCCGCAAGUUCAUGUGCCAUCCACCAUAAUACAGUCCAAGAAAGACUUUAUUGUCCCCGAGUUUAUUGCUUAUUACUUGAAGAAGAAGCUUGGUGGGCAUGCUAGGGUGAGAAUACUGAAAGCAGAAGGCCAUUUUCCCCAGCUAACAGCUUACUCUUCGCUUUUACAUGUUUUGAAGAAAGUUCUUGUCCUUGAUUGAGUGGGAAUUUGCUCAUCAUCUUCCUUCUUUUGAGGAAUGGGAGUAGUUGUUUGGAAAAAUGUUGUACGAGCCCCGAACAAACUUGAAAUCAAUAGUGGUGUCGAGUUCCGAUUCGCAGUGGCAACUCUGGGAAUUUUGUUUGAUGGGGUCAAAAGUUAAUUUUCACCUAUUUGAAAUUACAUUUAAGCGCCGUCUAAAAUGGCACGACAGACAUAACAUUUUGCACUAAUGGCCUGUUUGCAUGACGGGAAUAAGAGUGAAGUUUGAAUGAUAGGACUAGUAGUGAAGCGAUAUAUAAUCACAUACGAUAUGUAAUCUUGUGAAAUAAUAGUACCAAGACUAAUAAUA